CGCUGUGAACUCCGGUGCCGCGUCUGAGCGCAAGGCGAGGCCGGAACCCAAGCGACUCCCAAGGUUUCCGGCCAGGCGAGCGUUGGCCCAGGCCUGGGAGCGAACGAAGAGCGCCUCUCCCUGCGCUCGGCCUCGCCUGGCGGGCCGGAGGCUGGACGCCCAGACGCGACCUCAGGCUGAGGGGCGGGGCGAGCCGAGCGCCCGGCCCUCCCCAGAGCACGUGAGCUCCGUUCCGCGCCGGGUGGCGCCCGCUGGAGUUGACGUUAGCCAUGGAAACGGGGAGCGGGUCGCGACGCCACCGCGGUAAGCUGGUUGCCCCGGCCACCACAGCUCUUCUGCCUCCGCGUUCGGACCGCAGGCAGCCUCCCGGCGGGAGCGCCCUAUAUGGGUUUACCUGCAAAAACGCAGUCCCCGGGAUGCCUUCGCAUCGCCUCUUCCUUCAGGUGACUCGAGCGAGCCAUCUCACUUUGUUCCUCACUUGCCUCAGUGGAGAAGGAGUGGCCAGCUUUUACCUAACUCCCUGGGAAAAUUUCAGAGACCGCUGUGUUACAGAAAAGGAUGUGACUUUCAGAAUAAUCCUGAGUGAGAAGGAUGAGUCCAGAUGUGCCUCUGCUGAAUGAUUACAAACAGGACUUCUUUCUGAAGCGUUUUCCACAGACUGUUCUUGGAGGCCCUCGACUCAAGUUAGGCUAUUGUGCCCCUCCUUACAUAUAUGUUAAUCAGAUUAUCCUUUUUUUGAUGCCAUGGGUUUUGGGUGGAAUAGGAACACUUUUGUACCAGUUAGGCAUCCUGGAAGACUACUAUACAGCAGCACUUUCAGGUGGACUAAUGCUUUUCACUGCAUUUGUCAUCCAAUUCACAAGUUUAUAUGCCAGAAGCAGAUCGGUGACAGUGGAAAGAAUGCUGACCACAGAUAUCUUAGCAGAGGAAGAUGAGCAUGAAUUUACAAGUUGUGCUGGUGCUGAGACCAUCAAAUUUCUAAUUCCUGGCAAAAAACAUACAGCCAAUAUCGUUUUUCAUUCUGUUCUUGCUGGCUUAGUGUGUGGUCUUGGAACAUGGUAUUUGCUCCCGAAUAGAAUAACCCUGCUGUAUGGCAGUGCAGGAGGCACUGUUUUACUAUUUAUCUUUGGAUGGAUGACAUUGUGUAUAGGAGAAUAUUCAUUAAUUGUAAACACAGCUACAGAGACUGCAACUUUCCAAACCCAAGAUACUUAUGAAAUCACUCCUCUUAUGAGACCUCUUUAUAUUUUUUUCUUUGUUUCUAUAGAUCUUGCACACAGGUUUAUGGUAAAUAUACCAGUUCUAGAACAAAUGAAUCAGAUUUUGCACAUCUUGUUUAUAUUUUUACCCUUUCUGUGGGCACUCGGGACCCUACCCCCACCUGAUGCACUUUUCUUAUGGGCAAUGGAGCAGGUUUUAGAGUUUGGCCUUGGAGGCUCAUCUAUGUCAACCCACCUACGGUUGUUAAUAAUGUUCAUCAUUUCUACUGGAACAGCUGUAACAUCAUAUUUCAUUCCCAGCACUGUUGGUGUGGUUCUUUUCAUGACUGGACUUGGAUUCUUACUGAGUCUUAACCUAAGUGAGAUGGUUUUUGGCUUCAAACACAGUGUGACCGGACACAGAGUUGGAACCAAAUCUAAGGCUUUACCCAACAGUUCAGAAAAACAGUUUACUUGGAAGGAAUACCUUUUCUACAGCAUUGUAUUAGUCUUGGCUCUCUUAGAAACUGGUUUGUUGCAUCACUUUGCUGGUUUCUCACAGAUUUCCAAAAACAGUCCCCAGGCUAUUGUUGGCUAUAUUUUGAUGAUAUUAUUUAUAAUACUAUGGAUACUUAAAGAAAUUCAAAGUGUCUAUAUCUUUGGAAUUUUCCGGAACCCUAUCUAUCCAAAGCAUGCGCAGACUGUGACUUUAUUCCUAGAGAAGCAAACAAAGCUCAUGAAGAUUGGUGUUGUCAGACGGAUUUUGAUAAAUCUAGUGUCACCUUUUGCUAUGAUAGCAUUUCUUUCAUUGGACAGUUCCUUACAGGGACUCCACUCUGUGUCUGUCUCCAUUGGAUUCACAAGAGCUUUUAGAAUGGUAUGGCAGAAUACAGAAAAUGCUUUAUUGGAGACAGUCAUUGUAUCAGCAGUGCACUUGUUGAUCUCCAAUACAGACAUAUGGUGGAACCGAAACCUGGAUACAGGAAUCAGACUCUUACUGGUUGGUAUCAUGCGUGAUCGUCUGAUUCAGUUCAUCUCUAAAUUGCAGUUUGCUGUGACCGUACUCUUGGCAUCAUGGACAGAGAAAAAACGUAGAAAAUCAGCCACCACUUUAUGUGUACUCAACAUUGUCUUCUCUCCAUUCAUGUUGGUCUUCAUAGUUUUUUCUACACUACUCUCUUCUCCCUUACUCCCCCUCUUCACCCUUCCUUUGUUCUUGGUGGGGUUUCCUCGACCUAUUCAGAGUUGGCCAGGAGUUGUGGGCACCACAGCCUGUGUGUGUGCAGAUACAGUGUACUACUACCAGAUGGUCCCGAGUUUGAACACUGCCCUGCAGUCUGCAAUGGCAGCUGGAAGUUUAGGUCUCCUCUUACCUGGGUCUCAUUACUUGGGCCGUUUUCAGGAUCGUUUAAUAUGGAUAAUGAUUCUAGAAUGUGGCUAUACUUAUUGCUGUAUUAACAUUAAGGGGUUAGAAUUGCAAGAGACCUCCUGUCAUACUGCUGAAGCUCGAAGAGUUGACGAAGUUUUUGAAGGUGCCUUUGAACAAGAAGAAUAUGCAAGAGUGUGUUCCAUUAAUGAACACUUUGGAAAUGUCUUGACACCCUGUACUGUUUUGCCUGUGAAACUCUAUUCUGAUGCCAGGAAUGUCCUAUCUGGCAUAAUUGAUUCCCAUGACAACUUAAAAGAAUUUAAAGGUGACCUUGUUAAAGUACUUGUGUGGAUACUUCUUCAGUACUGUUCCAGAAGGUCCAACGUGCAGGAAAAUGUUCACAAAACUGAAAAUAAAGGGAAAGCAUCUCUAAUAAUCCUGCCUGCUUUGAAUACUUCACCACAAACUGAAUCCCCAGAAGACACAGAUAGUUUAAAUUCAGAAAAUUUGGAUGACUGGUCUGAUGAUGUUUUUGGUGAAGAGCCAACUAUCAAAAAAGGAAAAGAAGAAAGAGAUCAGUUGAAAGUUUUGCCAGGUAUAAAUUUGCCUAUUCCAGGAUCAGUGGAAUCACAGAGGGUUGGUAAACAUUCUGCAGGCACAGUUACUGAAAAUAGUCUUUACCAAGCAGUUGCACUGGGAUACCCUGCUACUGACAAAGGAAAACAAGAAGCCAUGGCAUACAUCCCUCUCAUGGAGUUCAGUUGUUCUCAUUCUCACUUGUUAAGCUUACCUGAAGAGUGGAUAUCUAAUUGUUUGCUUAAUUCCAAAGUGAAGGAGAUGAGCUCAUUAUUUCCAGAAGACUGGUACCACUUUGUUUUAAGGCAGUUGGAAUGUUUUCAUUCAGAAGAAAAUGCCUCAGACGUAGUGGAAGAAAUUGCAAAGGACAGAGUUUUAAAAGACUUUUAUGUUCAUGCAGUAAUGACUUGUUAUUUUAGUUUGUUUGGAGUAGACAAUAUGAUUCCUAGUCCUGGUCAUAUAUUGAGAGUCUACAGUGGUGUUUUCCCUUGGUCUCUUGCCUUGGAUUGGCUCACAGAAAAGCCAGAACUGUUCCAACUAGCCCUAAAAGCUUUCAGGUAUACUCUGAAACUAAUGAUUGAUAAAGUGAGUUUAGGUCCAAUAGAAGACUUUAAAGAGCUGACUAACUGCCUUGAAGAGUAUGAAAGUGACUGGUACAUUGGUUUGGUAUCUGAUGAAAAGUGGAAGGAAGCAAUUUUACAGGAAAAACCAUACUUGUUUUCUCUGGGGUAUGAUCCUAAUAUGGGAGUUUACACUGGGAGAGUACUUACCCUUCAAGAAUUAUUGAUCCAAGUUGGGAAGUUAAAUGCUGAAGCUGUUAGAGGUCAGUGGGCCAAUCUUUCAUGGGAAUUGCUUUAUGCCACCAAUGAUGAUGAGGAACGUUAUAGUAUACAAGCUCAUCCACUACUUUUAAGAAACCUUACAGUACAAGCGGCUGAUCCUCCCCUGGGAUAUCCAAUUUAUUCUUCAAAACCUCUCCAUAUACAUUUGUUUUAGAGCCCAUUUUAACUUGUAUUGUGAGCAAAUGAGAUGUCUCGAAAAUUAACAAUAUGAUUCCUCAUAACUUCACUGGACUUCUGUCUCUCCUCCCACAAGUCAGAUGCCUAAGAAAAGCUAAGCUCUAUAAAGUUGAUUCUCUUAGGUAUCUUAAUGGUUUAAAACAACAAGUUUAUGUCUAACAUAAAAGUUAGAAUUAGUUGGCCGAUAUUUGUGCCCUAUUGAGUGUGGUAGGCUUUGGUAAAUAUAAAACAUUUGUGUAAGAUUAUAUAAUGAAUUUUUUAAUGCUUUCUUAAAUGUGUGAUAAGUGACUUGCCUUAGAGAAGUCAACAACUAUGUAAUUUUUACAUGCUUAAAAGAUACACAUAUCAGUGUUUUUAAGUCAAGAUAAUGGAUCCUACUGAAGGUUACAUAAUGUAUAUAUAUUUAUUUGAA